AUGACGAUAAUCAAUUCAGUAAUUAUGGUCGGAGUCUAUUAUGGAUUUCUGACCACACUAUCCAUAGGUCCCUCUUAUAUCUUCCUUCUACAAGCUCGGGUUAUGAAAGAAGGAAAAGAAGGAACCGAGAAGAGAGUAUUAGCAGCAACUGGGUUUAUUGCAGGCCAGCUCAUGAUGUUCAUAUCAAUCUACUAUGUACCUAUGCAUUUAGCAUUGGGUAAACUUCAUACAAUAACUGUCCUAGCUCUACUAUUUCUUUUGUUUCAUUUCUUCGGGAACAAUCACAAAGACUUUUUUUAUCAUAGACGUCCUACCAGAAAUUCAAUGCGUAACCUUAGCAUUCAAUGUUUUUGUUGGUUGGUUUAUUGGUUAUAUUUUAUUGAAAAUAAUUUAAUUAGGUCUAAUGUGCUUAGUCGAUCUAAUAAGUAUCUUGUAUCAGAAUUUAGAAAUUCUAUGGCUCGAAUCUUUAGGAAAAUACCGUCACCCAUUCUAACUAAUAAACUAAAAGGAAUUUUUGAACCGGAAGAAGUAGGGGGAAGUGAGGAAGAAAGGAACAUAGAAAUAUAA